UGUGAAGUAAACAGUAUGGAUAUUUUUGCCAGUAAGAUAUUUUAGAGAAAUGUGGUUCAAAUCAUAUAAUCCACUAUUAAUUUGAGACUGAUUUAGUCCAAGGAAUAAACAUGUGGCCCGUUCUUUUAAAUAUGACACGCGACGAAUGUCGCCGGACGCUCAGAAGACUUGAGUUAGAAGCAUAUUCGAAUGUGAUAAGCGUGUUUAGAGCGCAGGGGGCAUUAGAAGAAGAUAGAAAAAAGUUACUCGAGGAACUGCGCGCCGUUUUGCAUAUAAGCCAUGACCGCCACAGUGCUGAAGCGCGACGCGUGUCUAAUGACGAGCUCUUAGCAACAAUAGCUGAGCACAUAGCUGGUCCAAACACAGGGCUAGCAUGGAUCAGCGAGGGACGUCGAAUUAUACCUCUGAUGCCGCGUGGUAUUGCACAGACCAUGUACACAGAGAUUGCGGAUAAGGUAGCAGAAGUAACAGCUGCUGAAAAUAAAGAACUUAAAAAAAUGGAAGACAAACUUGUAACACCAGUUUCAAAGGAAGUAGAAAUGCCAGAUCCAGAAACUGCCGAGUCUGCUUUGGAAUGCAGUGAGAAAAUGGAUGACGUUUAUCCUCCCAUUGCUACUGAAGACCAUUCAAGCAAAAUAUGGGAAACUGAAAUAAUUUGUCGAAAGCGGAAAGUAGCAGAGGAUGAUGAAUUUGAGGACACCAUCACACCAGUUAAAAAUAUGAGAAAUAUUCCUGUUAAUAUGCAUCAGAAAUUUGUGAACUUAUCACAAGUUUAUUCAAAAUAUUCACAACCCACUGCCAGUAAACAAUCAAGUCAGUCAAAACAUUCAUAUAAUCAAGUUAGUAAAGUUUCUAGUAAGCCGUGUCAAACGCGAGCGCCUAGACAGCAAAAACCCAAAGUGCAAAAGCCCAGGGCUCCUCGUCAGAAAAAGCAACCAAAAGAUGUUCAAUCUCCACCUGCAAAACAGUUCAAUCCGGUCUCUUUGCAAAUGGAAUACUCGGGCCCACCCAAUACCUUCCAGGCUAGCUACGCCCAAUCUAUACUGUCUAACAAAAACAGAGAUUUUAUGGACGAAUUUAAGCCAAAAGUGAAGUCCUCACCCGGAAUGGUUAGCGAGUCACCCACAAUGCAUUUGUUAACGCAACCCGCCACAGUGCCACAUGAGUUAGGGCUUUCGGAAAACGCACAUCCGGAUGACCCAAAAUCAUUGCAGGCUCAAAGCACUCCGAUCGCAAAGCAACCACUAAACACCAUCAAGGCGUCCCAAAUUAUUCUCAAAAGUAGAGACUCCGAAAAGAAAGUCCCGGUGCCUGACAUUAAAAUUGUACAAAAAUCCAACGACAAUAUAAAAAUACUUGCGAACAGACAAGUAGUCGUAGCGCCGAGUUCCGCGCAAAAAACUUUGAAUGCGAGGAAAUUAGUUGCGGCGAAGGUCAUAGGUUCGAUUCCUAAGGUUAGAACUUCUGCAACGCCCGUUAAAGCCAUAUCUGAUAAGGUGGUUGUUGUGUCUAAAGCCCCAAUCGAUACAAGAAUAUCGCAUCCAAAAUUCGUAAUAACAUCAUCGUCGACUACUACGUCCAUGAAAUCCACCCCAGUCAGUACAAAUAAUUAUUCACCCCCCACCUCGGAAACUUUGACCCCAAAGGGGAUUCCCGCUACAGAUUUAAAAGUUUCAGCAAAAACAUUUGUGAAUCCCAAGUCAGGGAAAACAAUGGUUGUUUUGCCAGCAAAGUCGAGCAAAGAAGGUCCCUUAUUCCACUUUAAAGGAGUUUCCACAGCCAUGAAGCUCGUAUCGGUUAGUUCACAACCUAACACAAUGCCGACAUCCAAAUUUCAUCCAGGUGCCUCAACAUUAAAACCAACUAUAGUCAGUUCGAGCCCUAAAAUUCUUGGUACGGAGCCAAUAAAAACUGCCAAUUUGGCGGACAUCGUUCCCGUUAAAGGUUUAACGCCGACACAAAAAGUCAUAAGCCCCAUAGUUAGACCGGUCAGUUCCAAAGGGAACGUAAUAGUUGUUCAGAAAAGCGCAAACCUCGGCAAAACCUUAAAAUUUACCAGGAACGGCAAUGAUAUGUCCAAAAUUAUAAUGGGGAAGAAUGUUAAUCAUUUGUUGCAAGCUAAGUCGGAACAGGGAGAGAUUUCUAAAUCCAAUGUGAUUGUGUUGGAACUGAACAAUGAGCAAUCGGGAAAGACGACAACCAUGUCCGAAAUACUAAAUAGUCACAUACAAAAACCUACGCCAGAGGAAAAUAAACCGAGUCAUAUUAUAACCCAAGACACGCCAGUAUUAUUGGAUACUCACCCCGAAGAGGGCAAUGCGAGCAGUUUAGAUUCAACUGCGUCUUUGGAUAAAGAUGAGAACGGCCAGAACGAAGCCAAAGAUUCGCCCAGUGAUUGGGAUAUGGAAAACGAAUCGGUUCCGGAUAGCAAAAAAACCGAAGACAAAUUGAACUCGUUACAUUUAGACCUUGGUAUGUCCAGUGAGAGUGAGACCGAAUAUAUGGCUGAUGACAAGAACAAGAGUGACCAUUCGUCACAAGAUAGCCUCCACCAGGAAACUCAGAGAGGGAUGACCAGUGAAUUGUAUAGUGGGGGGAGCAUGUCUCUAGCUACGAGGACGUUACUCAGUCAGCUCCAAGACGAUGGUUCGUCGAGUAAUGACUCCUCGUUCGCGCUCAAAUCGAAAAAAGGCGCACACAGUAAUAAAAUCGACAAAUCCGAGUCAGAAGCGUUGUCCAAGGCGAAAGCGAAGCUUACGCAAAAGGUGGCAGAGGCGCAAAGCCAGCAGAAACGAAUAGACGUUUAUAGCACGGCCAUUUCGACGACUGACAUAAACCUUGACUCAUUUUCGUAUUUAGAUGAGAGUUUGAUGGCGGAUGACGAAUUUCCUGAGGGCAAGCGUGAACCUCGACGCGAUAUUCUAGACGAUCAGUUGAGCCGCCUCCUAGCAGAGGACUCCUCCAACUCCUCGGACUCACAAACGGUUGAACAAUUGCCUAUGACUAACGAGUGACUGUGAAAGUGUUUUCUGUGAAAAUUACUCGACUUAUGAGGCUAAUGAAAUGACAUAUUUUUAUAUGUAUGUACAUUAUGUUUUAAAACGUUUACAAAUGUUGGUACAGUACAAAAGUACUACAAUGUUUAUUUGUUUGCGAUUCGGACCAGAAUAUAAAAUAUUGUAAAAGGCAGGAAUAGUCAUGUUCAGAUCUGUUAUACAAUUUUUUUUUCAGUGCUAUUUAAUUCGCAAUGGAAUUACACUACUUUCAAACGUAAAUAUUUGGAUGGAAAAUGCAGCAUCUCUUGCCUAUUUACUUGUACUUAAAUAUAACAUAUACAUAGCUAAUAUAUAGUAAAAUUAUUUUUUUUGCUAAAUGCCGCCAAAGUAGAAAUUAUAAAUAAAUUUUUAAAUGUACGUGUUUUUGGAGAUAUUUUAAUUUUCUUUCCUACACUCUCUUAUACUUUUCUCUAUUCGAAACCUACAUAUCCAUUUUAUUAACUUCCUAAAUUACCAAUGAGUAAGGUAAUCUAAAAAUGCUCAAGCAAUAACGUAUAAAUUAGUAAUGUAUAAAUGUUUACAUGUCAUUGUAUUAUAUUCGUGAUUUUUACUUUCGUUUUAAAAUGUGUGGUAAUUUUGAUUGCCCUUUUAAAUGUAAUUACGUCAACGAAUUAUAAAGUUAAAUGUAUCAAUAUGGGUUUGGUCGCUACAAUUGUUAUUAUUUAGUGUUAAGUGUCGUUUUUGAACGUAUUUUUUAAAAAUCUAAAUGAAAGUACCAAUCUGCCAAUUCACUGAAAAUUAAUGUUGAGUAUGCGAACUCAGUGUAUAUAAGUUGAUAUGUAGAUUAAAUUAAAUUAUGAGAAUUUAUAUUUCUUAACAUUACUGACUUUUCUCUGAAUUUUUUUUUCGUUAAUCUCGCCUUGUAUAUUACUCAUACGCACAAAUUAUUUUAUUUAAGACAUGUUUUAUGUUACACGAAAAUUUGAAUUUAGUUAUCAAUUUUGGCAUAGUUUAGUUUGAUCUCAAAUAUUUCGAGCUGCAUUCACAUAUAGCGGGUUGUAAUUUUCAAUGGUGCAUAAUAAUUUUAGGCUAAUGCUCUGUUAUAGCAGUUUUUGUUUAAGUUUACAACAACUUAUCAUUUCCGUUCACCCAUAGACAAACAAUGUUGCAGUGAGAAAAUGUCACAAAGCCUUCCAGUUAUAUUUAAAGAUAUUUUCUCAUUAAGCUAAACGUUCCUGUACGUGUAUGGAGAAUGGAAAUACAUAUGUUUAAACUAGUAUAAAUAGAAUGCAAUGUACAAGCAGGGUUUUAUUCGCAAUUAAUAUUGUGUGUAUCGAGUCAAACUUUGAAAGCUUAAUUUCGUACGAGUUACUUGCUAUAGAAAAUACAUAUUAUUGUCAUAUUAAAUGACGGUCUAUAAACCAGUGUAAUUCAUUACAUAAAAGUAUGUAUUUAAAAAUUACAAUACCACCAGUCUUCCUGUAGCAUAUGCUAGGAAGUGCAAAUACGAUAUGCUAUGCCUUCUUUAUUUUACAUUAAAGUCGACUGAUAUGUCCUCUGGUUUUUGAGUGAAAAACAGUGUCAACUCUGGCAUAUAGACAGGUGUAUCGCAUAUAAACUCGUCCUUUAAUGUUGGCCUAAAUGUUCUUUCGUUUAGUUAGUUAAAUGUAAAACGUACAACACCAUUUUCAUGAUUCCACAGUUUUUUUGUAAAAAAAUAAUAUUUCAAGUAAAUUGAGGGUAGUUUUAAAACUAUUAAAUUUAUUAAUAUAUAACAGUAUUAAAUUUUUCUAUUUGGUAUGAAAACUUUGUAUGUUGACGCUUUACAGAGAAAAUUUAAAGUACAGAUAAUUGCAGCUAAGAUACGCUGUACUGGAAUGAAUGAAUGAAGUACCAAUACUCGCCUAAUGGGUAAGUGGUAUCUUCAUACUAUCGUGAAAAUGUGCAUAGACUGUGCCAUUAAUAGAUUAUGACAAAUUGUGUAAAUAAUAAUAGGUAUUGUUUUUAUCUACGAGUUAUGUAUCAUAUUAGCGAUAUUUCUAAAUACAUUGUGUAAUUAGCGUAAAUUAGUGAAAUGUUAGAUUUAUAUUUUGUAUUGGAUGCAGGUGAAUAUGAUUAAGAUUGUUGUCAAGAUAAAAUCUUUUGAGAUUGUUUUUUAAUAUAUUAAGGCAAACCCAUUGUGGUGGCGUAACUGAACUCUGUAUGGCACUAAAACAAAGCAAACUAAUUUAAAUUCUCCGCUCGCUUUAUUUCGUAAUGACAAUAUUACUAAUGCGAAUAAACAGCGAUUAGUUUUGCUUUGUUUAUUAUCUCAACGAAAUAUUGUCCAGCGUUAUGAGGUGCGUAGCACCUUUUUCGCUAGAGUUCUUAAAACCGCGUAAAAUAUAGCUCGAUUUUGACAGCUGUCAAACUAAAUUGACAGUACACUUUGGCUGUGCCGAAGCCUCAUAGCAUUAUUUUAACAUACGUUCGAUAUUUAUCAGUUUUAAUGUAACUUAAAAAAUAAGUUCGCAUUAUUUAUGAUGAUUUAUUUUAUUGUGUGGCUGAAAAACACGAAGUGUUAUAAUUCAUGAACUCACAACUGCAUUUAAUGCCAAAAAUUUUGAAUAUUGCGCGUGACUUGUUUGCUAAUAUCUAGCUAUAUUUUACAAGGCAUUGUUAAUAUAAAAUUAUAUUAUUUUAUUCAGUCAGUGUUAACGAUUGACCUGCAUCAACAAUAGAAUAAGGAUUUUGUUUGUCGGCUGUAAAUAUCGCAUUAGUUUCAUUAGAAUCACUAAAAACAUGUUAAUACAAUUUCGUGUUUUUUUCGCAUCAAGUUUAUUUUUCAACCUAUUUUAAAAUACACAGUUUUAAUUA